AGCCAGCAGCAGAGCAGCGCAGCUCUCUGACUCCGCUGGUCUGAGCCACGUGUCUACGCAGUCUGGAGGAGGACGUGCCACCUGUGCAGCAGAAAUCACACCUCCAUCCAUCAACGCUAAGCCUGCAGGUUUGGAGCGGAGCAGAAAGUCAAAGAGGAAGCAGCAGGUUGAUCCUGUGAGCAAAGAGCAGGAGAAAUAAGCAGGAAGCUCCAUCACCGCGUCUCCAUCCAGGUUAUGAUGACAUGUCUGGUGGCGCUCCUUUGGGUCCUGAUCAUCGUGGGUGAAAGAGCAGCCCAAGGCCAGAGACCCCGCAGGAGUGUUGUCUUCUCAGACGUGAAGCUGAAGCUGUUCAAGGAGGCUGACUUUGACGGGCUGAGCUCUCUGAUGGUCGGAGACGACGUCGGUCGGCUUUUCAUCGGCGCCAGAGGAAAAGUCCUGGCGCUCAGUUUGGAUGACAUCACGAUCAAGACCAAUGAGGUGAAAUGGACGGUGAGCUCUGCAGACAGAGGCGUCUGUGAGAUGAAAGGCCGGAGCAGCGAGGAUUGUGAAAACUACGUCAGGAUGCUGCACCCCCUGGAUGAUGGCAGGAUGCUGGCGUGUGGGACCAACGCCUUCAGCCCGGCCUGCUCAUACCUGACGUUCAAAGGAGGAAAUCUCACCAUGGAAACCGCCGUCCAGGAUGGCAGGGGGAAGGUGCCCUUUGACCCCUACCAGGACUUUGCCUCCAUGAUGGAUGGAAACACCUUAUAUUCAGCAGCUUCUUCAAACUUCCUGGGCACAGACAUGGUUUUCCAAAGACACGGGCAGAACCCCAUCAAGACCGAAGCCAAGCGGUCCUGGCUCAACGAACCCACCAUGAUCUCCAUAAACCUCGCCAAACUCAACCAGACCACAGAGAACCGCGAGGAUGACAACGUGUUCCUGUUCUUCACUGAGACCGCUGUGGAGGAGCGACGCAGCGACCUGCGGCUGUCCAGGGUGGCCCGCGUGUGUAAAAGCGACGUGGGAGGCAUGAGAACUUUACAGAGAAGGUGGACGUCUUUCCUGAAGGCCCGCCUGGACUGCCCGUUUGGAGAUGCGGGUUCACCGUCUCUAGUGCAGGACGUCUUCUUCCUCCAAGAUGAAGACAACUGGAUGGAGAGCCUUUUCUACGCAACCUUCACCUCCAACCCGGAGCCGUCCAGUACCUGCAGCCAGUCUGCCGUCUGUGCCUACAAGCUGUCGGACGUCCGUCAGGUUUUCAGGGGCAGCUUCCUGACUGAGAGCGAUUCUGGCGGCUGGGUGACGUACGCGGGAGCAGAGCCUUUCAUCUACCCCGGCUCAUGCAUCAACGACGAGAUGCGGGCCGGCGGCGUGGUGAGCUCCCUGAACCUGUCGGACACCACCCUGCUGUUUGUGAAGCACCACCCUCUGAUGGAGGGGGCGGUGGCGCCGGUAACCGGCCGGCCCCUGCUGGUCCGCUCCGCCACGCAGUUCUCCAGGAUUGUUGUGGACAAAGUGACGUCCCUGGAUGGACAGCAGCACCACAUCAUGUUCAUCGGCACCACCGCGGGUUGGCUGCAGAAGGGGGUGUGGCUUAACGGCGAAGGAGGGCGAAUCGUGGAGGAGCUGCAGCUGUUUCACGACGCCCAGCCCAUCUACUUCCUCCAGCUCUCCUCCAGAAGUGGCCAGCUGUACGGCGGAGCCAGAGCUGCGGUGGUCCAGCUCAGCGUGAGGGACUGCAGCCGCUACACGUCCUGUCACGACUGCCUUCUGGCCAGAGACCCGUACUGUGGCUGGGACCUUCUCAGAGGCCUGUGUGCUGCUGUUGGUGGCGCCUCAGACGCCUCCAUGGUGCAGAGCCUCGCUGACGGAGACGUUGGAAGUUGCCCCAACGCUGACUGCAAGUCAAAGAUUGCUCAUAUGAGGCUCUUUACACAUGUUUACCCUAGUGAGGAGAGUAGUAGGAGAAUCUCCAUGGUCUUCUUGUCUUCUCCCACAGGGCAACAGCCGUUUACCGCCGUCCAUCUGGCUGCUGGCGUGGCACAGUUCCUCCCCUGUUCCCCAGACACCAACCUCCCCGUCAGCUGGAGCUUCUCUGGCAGCGUCCUCCAGCCUGGACCCCGACUCGUCCUGCUCAGCCAGGGCCUCGUCGUCACGCCUUCCUCCACCGACGCCGGCCUUUACACCUGUGAGACGGUGGAGGAGGUGAAAGGCAGAGAGCACAGGAGGACGGUGGUCCGGUACCGCGUGCAGGUCCACGAUAAGUCCAGCAGGAUCCAGGACGUCGCCGUCAUCGUCUCCGCUGUCUGCGCUGGCGUGGGUCUGAUGUUUUUAUACAGAUGCUGCAGACAGAAAGUUAAAAACCAUGUUGGCUGUGGCAAUAGAUGGAGGGAUGCCGACAUGGGGGGAACCGAAGUGACCGGGGGUGGAGGAGAGGGCGGAGCCUUGCGAUGAAAACAGAUUUA